UCGCACCACUUUUGUUGCAAGAGAAGGGAAAUUCUUUGUCCAACUAAUCUUUUAUGAAAAUUAUACAAUACAAGUGGUCGAUACAAGCUUGGACACGGAUGAUUGCAACUCUCUUCCUCUUAGUUCUUUAUAUUAUAUAGAUGCAAAAACUCGUCCAUCUGAUUUCAAUCAAGCUGAUUUCAAUCAAGCUUGCACUAUUGAAGCGAAGGCGCCAAUUAAGGUUAAGAAUAUAAUAGGCAUGUCUACGCUGGAUAUCUACAAAAAACUAUUAGAAGGUUUUUGGGUCGAAUGGGAUAGAUGCAUGCAGUUACCAGAGCUGCUAUAAACCAGAUGUGUUAAAAGAAGUAUUGCCAAGGUUGAAAUUUGCCUUCAGAAACUAUAUGGACAGCUUUGUACAUUUCCUUUUCCAUGGCCCCCAUGUCUACUACAAUGUCAAUCAUUCUAUACCAAGAAGAACUUAUAUUCUCUGUUUGGGAAUAACAGGUGGAAUUAUCUUUUUGAGGUCAUUUCCUGGGAUAAUUUGUUUGUUUGCUCUUGUUACGUACAAAUGGAGAAGAAGACAUUUAUCCAUGGAUGAUACAAUCGAAGAGUUCCUUCAAAGUCAAAAUAAUCUGGUGCCGAUAAGGUAUUACUUUAAUGAAAUAAAAAAAAUGUCUACAAAUUUUAAAGAUAAAUUAGGUGAAGGGGGUUAUGGCUCAGUGUUUAAAGGAAAGCUUCGUAGCGGGCAUCAUGUGGCAAUAAAAUUGUUGGGUAAGUCAAAAGGUAAUGGCCAAGAUUUCAUAAAUGAAGUUGCUUCUAUUGGUAGAAUUCAUCAUGCCAAUGUGGCAAAACUUAUUGGAUUUUGUGUGGAGGGAUCAAAGCAAGCUCUGGUAUAUGACUUCAUGUCUAAUGGAUCUUUAGAUAAAAUCAUAUUUACAGAAGAAAAUAAGAACACUUUGGGCCGGAAAAAAAUGUUUGAUAUUGUGCUUGGGGUGGCUCAAGGAAUUCAUUACUAUCAAGGAUGUGACAUGCAAAUUCUACAUUUUGAUAUCAAGCCACACAAUAUUCUUCUUGAUGAGAAUUUUAAUCCAAAAGUUUCUGAUUUUGGUCUUGCUAAAUUGUAUUCAGUAGAUGAUAGCAUUGUCUCUCUCACUGCGGCACGAGGAACGAUAGGAUAUAUUGCUCCUGAAUUGGUUUACAAAAAUCUUGGAGGAAUCUCAUCCAAAGCUAAUGUUUAUAGUUUUGGAAUGUUACUGAUGGAAAUGGUAGGAAGGAGAAAGAAUGUGAAUGCAUUUGCUGACCACACUAGUCAGAUCUAUUUUCCAUCUUGGAUUUAUGACCGAUUAGAUCAAGGAGAGGACAUAGAGCUAGGAGAUGUUUCUGACGAUGAAAAAGUAAUGGUGAAGAAGAUGAUAAUAACUGCCUUUUGGUGUAUACAAUUACUGCCUUCUGAUCGUCCUUCAAUGAGUAAAGUCUUGAAGAUGCUUGAAUCUGAUGUUGAACUCCUUGAGAUGCCUCCUAAGCCAUUCCAUCAACUUCCUCUUGAAACAUCAUGUGAGAACUCUAACGAUGAGUCAAGUAAAUCAUUGGAUAUUGGUACUAUAACAAGUUAAAAUAUUGUAUGAGGUUUGAAACAUUUUACUUCAUUUUAGCUUUA